CCAACAUUCUCACAAUCAAUACACUUUCUCAUCACUUCAUAUUUUACAAAGCAUUUUCAUUUGAAGCUUUCCUUCCUUCCACUAAAAGAAAUCAACAUGGGUGAUGCAGAAUCUUUGCAUUCCGCUGAUGAGCUGAAACGCCAGAAGAAAAUCAAAAUGGCCAUCUAUAUUAGUAUUUUCGUUGUGUUUCAGAUCAUAGUUAUCACCACAAUGAGUCUUACUGUCAUGAAAGUCAAGACCCCCAGGUUCAGGCUAGGCAACAUCAACGUCCAGAGCUUCGAAUCUGUCCCGGCAACGCCUUCAUUCGACACGAAAUUCACAACCCAGAUCAAGAUCAAGAACUCAGCCAACUGGGGUUCCUACAAGUUCAAUGCUGCCAAUGUCACAUUUCAAUACCAAGGCAUGACUGUGGGAGUAAUUAAUAUCGCAAAGGGCAAGGCUGGAUGGCUUUCGACCAUAAAAAGAAAUGUGGAGGUGACUUUGAGUUCAAGUGGAUUAACUGGUUCAAAUCUGGGCAGCGAAUUGAGCAGUGGGGUGUUGACGCUCAACAGCGUAGGCAGAUUGAAUGGAAAAGUAGCAAUUAUGUUCAUAAUGAAGAAGAAGAAGGCUAGCAACAUGAACUGCACCAUAGCUUUUGAUGUGGCAGCCAAGACUCUCAAAUCUUUACAGUGCAAAUGAGGGGAGUAGCUAAGCAUCCAGGAUGAAUCUUCAGCAUUGGGAUUGCGACUAGCUAGUUCUUGAUUUGUGACUGUUCUUAUUCUUUUUAUUCUUUGUAUCUGUGCGGCGAUUGGAUUUGUUAUAGAGUUAUAAUGGUAUCUGUUUUCUUUACCACUCCCCUGUUCUUCUUUUGUUCUUAUUUUUUCACUGAAUAGAGAAAUACCUGGCAUGACUGCAA